AUGGUAAACGUUUACAACGUGGUGUACCCAAGCCUUGUGGAAGAGAAGUAUCUCCGCCAGGCAGUGUUAAGAUCAGCUCUGUCAGAAGCUUACACCAUGAAGUCAACUCUACUUGAGCGACUCUUUCCAGAAGAAUAUGAACCAGAAGAAAAUUUUACAGAGACACUAAAAGAAUCUGGAAGGACUUUGUUGUGGCCUCCCAAACAAAACACCAUAUCAGAGCCAAAGGAGGAUAAGACUAUAGAACCUUUCCUACAAGGAGACAUUGUACACAUCCCUCUUAAAAAACUCUUCCAUGUGCCAAAAGUGAAGGAACUUUGUGGCAGUUUAGAUGUUCUGAGAAAAAUGUUGGAUGGAGAACCCACAUUUAACCACGACAGAGACGCAAUUUUAUAUCCUCUAGAUUAAAAAAGCUUCUCUUAUGAUUUUGUAUUUUACAGUUUGCAGUCAGUGUUGUGGAGUCCUCCACUUCUUUCUUGCGUCAAUAUUUUAAAUUUACCUUUUUGUUGUCCAUUUGAUGAGCUAUCAAAUGAUUGAUUGUUUUGUUUUUUGUAACAAUAACGCUGUUUUCUGUGCUGUGCAAACAAAGCAUGAGUGUUACGGUAAUGGCUUGAUCAAGUCGUUACAUAAAUAAAUGCUUUGUGAAGUUUUUGUUGGCAA